CCCCGUCCCACUCGAGACGCGCGACAACAUGGCGGCCCCCGCGGGGCGCGGCGCCGGCCUCUCGGGCCUGCUCCCCGCGCAGACCUCGCUGGAGUACGCCCUGCUCGACGCCGUCACGCCCGAGGAGAAGGACGGGCUGGUCUAUCAGUAUCUGCAGAAGGUGGACGGCUGGGGGCAGGACUUGGCGGUGCCCGAGUUCCCGGAAGGAUUAGAAUGGCUGAACACAGAGGAACCUAUUUCUGUCUACAAGGAUCUAUGUGGAAAAGUAGUCAUCCUUGAUUUCUUUACCUACUGCUGCAUAAACUGCAUUCACCUAUUGCCUGAUCUCCACGCAUUGGAACACACAUACUCUGAUAAAGAUGGUCUUCUGAUUGUUGGUGUUCACUCCGCCAAGUUUCCAAAUGAAAAAGUGCUGGAAAACAUUAAGAGUGCUGUUCUUCGAUAUAACAUCACCCACCCUGUGGUCAAUGAUGCAGAUGCCAGCCUUUGGCAAGAACUUGAAGUUUCCUGCUGGCCAACUCUGGUCAUACUUGGACCCCGUGGAAACAUGUUGUUUUCUUUAAUUGGAGAGGGACAUAAAGAGAAAUUAUUUUUAUAUACUUCAAUUGCUUUAAAGUAUUACAAAGACAGGGGACAGAUCAGAGAUCAUAAAAUUGGAAUAAAACUCUAUAAAGAUUCUUUGCCACCUUCACCAUUGCUGUUUCCUGGCAAAGUAACGGUAGACCAUGUUUCGAAUCGGCUGGUAAUAGCGGACACAGGGCACCAUAGAAUUUUGGUCGUCUGGAAGAGUGGACAGAUUCAGUACAGCAUUGGAGGGCCCAAUCCUGGAAGAAGAGAUGGACUAUUUUCAGAGUCAACUUUUAAUUCACCACAGGGUGUAGCCAUAAUGAAUAAUAUCAUAUAUGUGGCAGAUACUGAAAAUCACCUUAUAAGAAAGAUAGACCUAAAAACAGAAAUGGUGAGCACCGUAGCUGGCGUUGGAAUUCAAGGUACAGAUAAAGAAGGUGGCGCUAAAGGAGAAGAACAGCCCAUUAGUUCUCCUUGGGAUGUGGUUUUUGGAACAUCAGGUACAGAGGUUCAAAGAGAGGAUAUUCUCUGGAUAGCCAUGGCAGGGACACAUCAGAUCUGGGCCCUCCUGCUGGAUAGCUGUAGACUACCAAAGAAGAAUGAGUUAAAGAAAGGAACCUGCCUUCGGUUUGCUGGAAGUGGAAAUGAAGAGAAUCGAAAUAAUGCAUAUCCUCACAAGGCAGGGUUUGCCCAACCUUCAGGUCUUUCUCUGGCCUCAGAAGAUCCCUGGAACUGCCUGUUUGUAGCAGAUAGUGAGAGCAGUACAGUGAGAACCGUCUCACUGAAAGAUGGAGCAGUGAAGCACCUUGUAGGAGGAGAAAGAGACCCUAUGAAUUUAUUUGCUUUUGGUGAUGUUGAUGGAGCAGGAAUCAGUGCAAAGCUGCAGCACCCACUGGGAGUAACUUGGGACAAGAAAAGGAAUUUACUCUAUGUGGCAGACUCUUACAAUCACAAGGUUAAAGUUGUGGAUGCAAAAACAAAAAACUGUACAACAUUAGCAGGAACUGGAGAUGCAAGUAAUGUUAUCAGUUCCAGUUUUACUGAGUCAACUUUCAAUGAGCCAGGAGGCUUGUGUAUUGGAGAGAAUGGUCGAUUAUUAUAUGUAGCUGACACCAAUAAUCAUGAAAUUAAAGUGAUGGAUUUAGAAACAAAAACAAUAUCUGUGUUCCCAGUCUUCCAAUCUGAAAAUGCUGUGGUAGAUGGCCCAUUACCAGUGGAAAAACAGAAGAUGCUGCCCAAGCUGCCUAAAUCAGCACCUGUCAUUAAUCUUGCCUUAGUGGCUGUAUCUCCAGGCCAGACUCUUCAGUUCAAGUUAAGAUUAGACCUCCCCUCAGGAACAAAGCUAACCGAAGGAGUAUCCAGUUGCUGGUUUCUAAGUGCUGAAGGCAAUGAAUGGCUUCUUCAAGGACAGAAUCCUUUUGGGGAAAUAGAGAACAUUUCCAAUCAACCAACAGUCCCACUGCAGAUUCCUAGAGAUUGCUUAUCAUCAGAAGUCAUUAUAUCUGUCAGUGUGUUUCUCUAUUACUGCAGCACAGACAGCAGUGCCUGUAUGAUGAAGGGAAUUUUAUUCAAUCAGCCUUUACAGAUAACUGAUCAACAACGAGAUUGCAUAGCUCCAAUAGAGCUGGGGUAUGUAUUUUAACCAGUGGGCUGGCAACCUAGCCCGUCAAGUCACCUGUCUCCUCCCUUCCCAUUACUGCAGUUUAUGAGAAGAAACUUUAUGGCCACUUUUGGAGACUGAGAAAUUGGUUACUAAGUUCCUGCAACUGGUACCAAAAUAAAACUCUGCUCCUUAUUUAUUAUAAACAGCUCCUUCAUUCUGGCUGUGUACUGGCUAAGUCACUGAUUAUUGUUUGACCCAUGAAGUUAUAAUCUAUGCUGCUAUUUGACACGAGACUUAAGUCAACACUACAUUAUAGCAUAUUAUCAUGAGAUAAUUUGUAGUGAGUACUGAUAAUGAUACCAAAUAUUUCAACUUUUUCUACCUUUAUUAAUAGCAAGCAGCACAUUUGUAUGUGUAAAUUUCACAAUAACUUUAAACACAACUUAAGAUCCAUGAUGUUUAUAAGGACAUCUUCCAUUCAAGGCAAAAGGUCUGUUUUGAUUAAGCAAAAAAAAAAAAGUCUUCUUAUCACAGAAGCUUAACAAAUACCUGAGUGGUAAAUACAUUUAAAGAGAAUUUCAGUCUUUUUAAUACAAGUUAUUUGUUAUUUUUAACAUACCGUUGUUUAAUGCCUUACAACUCUAGACAGAAAAAAAAGCAAAGCUCAAGUCUAGGACAUGCAGACUCACUGGUUGAACAUUUUUCUAAAUAAAGUCUUAACAGAUAAUGAAUGAGUCCCCAGAAAUAUUGUGACUUCAAGGAGAAAGGGGGGUCAGGAACAUAUUACUGUCUGUGAUACUAUUUAACCACAGAUAAUUAAUUGUGGCAGCUGGCUAUGAUGUAAAUGGGUAUGUGUGUUUUGGAAAUUUACAUUUCACUUGUAAGCAUUAAAUGGAGAUUUAUUGGGUUUUGGUUUUUUGUUAUCGUGUUGAGAAUUUAAAUUAUCAUUUAUUUUGAUGUUUUUAGAAAUCACUUUUAAGCCAUCAAAGUAAAAAUUACAUACAUUAUGCUAUUAAUAGGUAAAGUAUGUCCUAAUAUAUUAUAAUCUUAAAAUAGUAAGGCUGAAACAUACAAUGACUGAUGAAAAUGUUUAGGAGCUGUUUUUCUAACCAUAAAAGAAAUAGUUUUUGUUGCCUUUUCUUGUUUUCACUAAAACUAAUUCAACAUGUUUGUUAUUUAAUAAGCUUACACGAUUUUAAAAACAUGAGGUGAACCGUAUUUAUCUGAUAAAAUAUUUAUAGAAAAUAUGGCAUAAUACUUCAAAUACAGUGUUAAAUUUGAAGUAUAAUCUUUUAUGCACCAUCAUCUACCUAUUUAUCUAUUUUUAAAGUUAGGUUUUCAACAUACUCAUUCACUUGUGUCCAGGUCAGCUGAAUUGCUGAAGGAAAUAUACAGAUCAUGACUUUGCUUUAAUUUGUAUGUUGCUAAACUUAUGUUUAAAGUAUUAAUGUAAAAUUGAAAGGAUAAUUACCUCAUAAACCUUUUCUCUCCACAAGAAAUAUGUCAUUCUGCAAAAAAGGAUAUAUAACAUUAAUAUUCUCUUCUAUGGAAAAUAGGCCAUACUCAUUUUUUAAAUCUCCUUUCAUUUAUUAUACUACUAAUUUCCAAUUGCACAGGAUGAGAAUAUUUUGGCUGGAUCUUUUCCUGCUUAAGGACAUAAACAGUUUUAGUAAAUGGACAGCUUUAACUUGCUAAUUUAAGAAUAAUAAUUCUGUAAUACAACACACAUAUAUGUAUUAUAUAUUUUCACAUACCUCAUAGAUACUUAUAUUUUUCUUUAAUGUAUCUUUUGAAUAGAGAGAGUUUUAGGUUAGUAUGAAGUUUAUACUUUUCUUGACUUUCAAAGUAAUUUUAUCAACCAUUCUUAUUACCUAGCCACCAGUCUGUAUCGUUUUUUACAUAUAAAAUAUUAUUUAUAUGGAUUACAGUGUGAUUCCUUUUCACUCAUACUAAAGCAAUGUAAAUAGAUUUCUAGAAUUUAUGACUAAUAUAAACCUUUCACAUAAGAGGAAGCACAAAAUGUGUAUUUUUAAAAUUCUUUGUCCUUGUCUGCCUUCUGUUUUCUAUCAGGACUUAUAUAUAUAUUAUUUUAACUUUCACUUUUCAUGCAUAAAUUAUUCUCUCCAUUGUUUAAAAAGAGCAGAUUUAGUGUCACUUUAAUCAAAAUGCCAGUAAUGUGAUAUUACAUACACUUUGACAUAUGCUUGGAAUCUUUGCCCUAAAUUAUUCUGCUAGUUUGUUAGUAUAUUUUUCUGCCACUCUUUGUGAUAUCAUUUCACGAAUGGUAGAAUUUUUUCCUCUGAAAUUAUACUCAGGAUUGAUAUGAUCCCUGAACAGAAUCUCAUCUUGAAUAUUCUUUCUCAAGCAAAUAUUUAACUUAUUUCAUAAGGGGAAAACUUGGCGGUUUAAUCAACCAUAAGUGUACCUUUGGCAGAGUUCACUGACUAAAAAACAAAUUUUUCCUUCACCAUUCUAAUUAUAUUUACUUAAAGUAUCAGGCCUGCAGAAAGCUAUAAAUCUUAACACAUCCCCUCCAAAAUUUGUGUGGACAAGUGUAUAGGUAUUUGCAUAUAUAUACACAGAUAGAAAAAUCAACUCAAAUCUCUCUCAUAAGUCCUCUUAUGGAUAAUAUGCUUUUGAGUUAAUACUCUUUGCUUGUUUUUCCAUAGUUGGAAAAUUUGGAAGGCUACUGAAAAUACAGAUCUCUGUAAUAUAAUAAUUUCUGCCUGCAUAAAAUUUUACUAUUGAUUUAUAUCUUCCAACUAAGGACUACAGAAAAGCCAUUAUAUUUCACAUCAUGUUUAAAAACAAUCAGCAAAAACUAAAUUCCAUAGUUCACAAUUGCAUAAAAAUACCUACAGAGGGACUAUGUCAAUAGUGCUUCUCCAGAAUGAUGGAAUUUUGGGUACUUUUAUUUUAAUCUAUGUUUUGGUUUUUUUUUUUCCUGUGAGCAAUAUGUUAUUUUCAAAUAAGCCCCUUCUCCCCCCAAAAAAUAACUAGAAAUGCUUAAAUGCUUUGUAAAGAUUUCAAAUGAACUGGAUAGUAAGAACUACUAUAUAAUAUCUCUUCUAAAAUUAUUUUAUUACCAAAGAUCAGACCAUAAUUUGGAGCCUUUUGAUCUGUUAGAUGUCUUAUGUAUGCGAUCUGGUGAAGAUAAAAAUAAUUAAUGGCUUUUUCUUUGGGUGUUUCUAUUGUGUGGGGUAGCAGAGUAGUUGAGGGUGGGCUUCAUAAUCCAUUUGAAUUCUAACCCUGUGAAAUGGGGCUGCUAGACUUACCUCAGGAGUUGCUCUGAGGAUUUAAUAAAAUGUGUUUGUAAAGCACUUAUAAGCAACUAAUUAAUGAUACUACUAGCUAUUGGCUUAAUAAUACUGGUAAUAAUAAUUGAUGACCAUAAACAUGUGGCUUGACAUUUUCUUUGCAACCACAGUUUCUAAGGAAAAAUACUAUUCUCCCAGCUAAUUGAGAGACAUUGUUUCAUAAUAAAGUAUAAUACUAUUUUAUAAAUUAUCGUUAUCAGAAGCAUACCUCCAGUUUUAUUUAUUUUUUAAUGUAAAGACCUUCUGGACCUAUGAUUAGUAAACUUCCUUUGAGGGGAUCCAGACAAACUCACCCUGAGCCACAUUCCUGUAACUUUUCUACUGGCGCUUUACAAAUUCUGCCAAGUGCCUUUCGUGCAUUUUGCCCCAGUGGAACUUCAUUGUAACCUGUGAAUCACACAAGUAGACUUUUGUCCAUAUUAUAGAUGAGGAAACAGCUUUAGAAUGUUGGUGACUUAUCUCAAGAUCAGAAAGUUCCCAGAAUAAUGCCUGGUGCCAGAGCCGUGCCUGGAAGGAGCGGUGGCCUACUCAGUUGUGUUAAUUAAAGGUAAAUACUGACUGCCAGAUCUUUUUUUUUGAACACAGGUCUCCUAAUUCUUAGCUCUGCUCCUAGAGGUAGAGUGAAAACAAACUAUGGAAUUGAAAGUCUAUAUUUACUUUUAUGACUGCUUUCUCCAUCCUUGGCAGUAUUUAAAUAAAAUAAUAACUAAAUUUACUGAUUGCUCGCUCUGUAUUUGCACUUUUCUAAGUGCUUUGUAUGUAUUAACUCAUUUAAUCCUCACAACAACCUUAUGGGGAAAGUAAUAUUUUUCCCUAUUUCCCUGAUGAGGAAACUGAGACAAAGUUAUAAGCAGUUACACCAGCGCGAUCAAGGACCCAUGUUCAGGAAGUAGCUGAACCUGGAUGAGUCUGCUCCGCACUUUCGCUCUCACCUCUCAGGGUAGUUUUUUAAGACAAAUCUUUCAUAGUUAUAGGUUGUCACUAAUCGCGCCAACAAACCCCAAAAGCCCUAGUGAUGAUUGCUUUAGAAAUUUAAAAUAAAUCCCUUACUUAAUAUUAGCUUUGGGACUUUUCAUUAGACACACUUAUCCAUCAGCACUUGCAACAGUCUGCAUAAUUGUUGUUGCCCAAAAGAUUUUAUCUCCCCUUUUUUCUUAAAUUCAGGUAUUAUCCACAGGUUUUUUUUGGUUUUUGACAGAUGGAUACAUUAAAGAAUUCUUUAAAGAAUUCAGUUAGUUCCAACAAUGAUGUUUUAAUUGGUCUUCAAAAGGUGAUUCUAAAACCUUGUCAUAAAUUGUAACUGAAUUCUUAGCACAAGAUUGUCGCAAACCUUAAGAAGCUUGUUCAUAUUUAAGAAAGUUUUGUUUUAAUAACUAAGUGAGCUCCAGAAACAUGAUAUUUGGCCAAUUUGUUCAUAUGUUUACAAGUCCUCAGCUUAGUUGCUUCAUAAAUAACACUGGUGGGUACCCACCCCCAAAUAUAUGCAAUUCUAGUAUAGUAGAGUCUUCACCAGCUUUAACUGUUAUUCAAAAGAAUGAAGUAAAAGGUUUAUCCAGGUGCAGGAAUGUAAGCAUCUUUUCAUUGUUAAAUAGUUUGCUGAUUUAAGUAAUAGUAGAAUUUGUUAAUUCUGUUAUAAAAUCCCAUUCUAAAAUCCAUAAGGAAAUGUACAUCAGCUGAAAACAGUAAUGGUGCCAUGCUUUAGAAGCAGAAUUUACUGUUAAUCACCAAGAUUUCCUCCUUUUCUUCCUCCUGUGGGACAUAGUGCUUUUUAAGAACAAUUCACACCAACAAUAAGUGACUGGUCCUAAAUAAGUAAAAAUUGGCUAAGACAAAGAAUGACGGUGAAGUUAGAGCUUCACUAAUCUGUCCUGUGCACUCCGUGGCCAGCCAGCCUUUCACCUGUAGUCUGCAGGUUAGUUGGCUGCUUCCGGUUCCCGGCAGCUGGUCUGACUGCAGAGGGCCAAGUGACUCAGCUCUGUGGCUGCUCCCUUUCUGUUUCUCGGUGUGCGGGUUUGGUUUAAUCAUUUUCAGAGGUUAGAGUUUGGAAGUGAAAACCCUAGAUACUUGUUGUGGAAUGUUUGCCUACUUACAGUUGUUUGGUGUGUCCCUCCUCUUUGCGGGCAUGUCAACUCUCAAGUGAACCAAAGGACAUUUUGUUCUCUCGAAAGCUCCACCACCAAAAGGAAAGAAUCACAAGUAUUUCUAAACUAACUUUCCUGCCUAUAUCAGCAACACAAGCACAGAGAGAGCACCAACCCACCAGAGUCAAAAGCAUUUGUGUAGCCAGCAGGCAUGGUCUGGUGAGCCCCUUGCUGGUUAAGCAGUGACUCGCGGACCUGGUGGUCUUCAGUAAGGCACAGUUCAGCAAAGAUGUCAGAUUCUUUUAAUUUUGAAAACAUGAAGCUGUGAGUUACAUGGACAAGCAGAAUUUACCUUUUGCUUUUCGUAUACUUGUUUACCUUUCCAAUAAAGUAGAAUUAAACUUCAUAAUGUUGAUGAUUAAAAGGAGGGAAAAAUCAACCCUCAGAUUUAAACAUGCCCUGUUUAAACAGUAUUUUUAUGACUUUUUUUAAUCUGGUAUAUUAUGCUGAUGAGAAAUAUAGGUUAAGGUAUAUAGGGUAAAACAUUAGUUGAUAAAUUAUGAUAAUGAAAGGUAAAAAUAGACACCUUCCUAUCUAGAAAUUGAGGAAGGACUUUGCCGUGUAACUGUCCUCUGUUUAUAGAAUAUGUAGUCACUACUCUUCGUCCCAGCAGAAAUACGUUCAUUCUGUCAGCAUGUACAGGAUGGGCUACCUGUUUUGUUCAUUACAUUAUUCAAAACACAAGUUUUUGUUUGUAUAGAGUUGAAAUGUAUUGUUCAUGAAUGUCUGUGAUACUCAUCAAAUUUACCUGUAAAAAAUAUACCAACACAAUGGGCCUCCCUGGUGGUGCAAGGGGUUAAGCACCGCACUAUGAAGCAAUCCUCAGCCUCUGCGGCACGAGUUCAAUGCCCGGUGGGCCAGGGAGUAACCCACAUGGCGCAGCAGACCUCUCCUGACUCGCCCUUUGCUCCCCUCAGCAAUGUACUUCAGUCAAUCUGCCUGUUCUGUUCCCCACUCUGUCUCUGGUGAAUCCUCUCACACACACACACCCCCGCCCGUCC